AGCAUGCCGCCACAGCCGCUCUUUACAGGACCUAUUACGUUCUUGUCCCUCACUGUCCUCUCCUGCGGCCACGGACGCACGCGUAUUUAUCCUAGCUCGACCUCAGGGUCCUAUGGAAAGCCAGCUCAAGGCCAAGGUCACUGCUAGGGUCGACUAUGACAGAACAGAACCUCCCUCCCCCCUUGACAUGCAAGCGGGGACUCUGUCGCCGCCCAACAUGAUGAGACCAAAGGCGAAGGUGAACAGCAGCGCGCAUAUAGUUGCUCGCAAGGCACCAAGGGGUCCGUCCCCUUCAUCCGCGACUCGGAGUAGCUUCGCACCUCCACCACUCCCCCCGUUUCCCAACAAAGCGUCCCAUCCUGCCUUUACGCGUGCACCUUCGUCGACCAGUGUUGUCGUGAAGGCACGUCUGACCCAUCGUGCGGGAGCGCAGCGCCCCUCGACGUUCUCCGCCGACGCUCAUCAGCGUUCCUUGACCACGAUACCUUCGGACUCUACUCUCUCCUCACGGACCCGACAGCGCCGAGGAAGCAUAUCGUCCCAUGUCUCCUACGCUUCUCAUUCCUCCGCCGUCUCGCAUGCAGCCUCUUCAGCACAAUUUGAGGCGCUUGGCCGCACGCAAUCAAGAGGAGGGACGGUCUCUCAUGAGGAGAACGGGUCUCUUGUACCAGGCUCAGGGAAGGGAGUCGUGCGCGUCAAGUCUAAGAUAUCCAAUCCUCCUUCACCUUCGUCCAUCACCUCUUCGCCGCCGUCAUUUGCUAGCCGGAAUCAUCAUGGACGGACACCCUCCAUACCAUACAUCUCGCUAACGGGAUCGUUGCCAGCGAGUGGUGCUGCCUCUCCGACUUUCAUACCAGCGCGACACUCUAUUCAUUUUGACGGUCUCGCCGCUGCAACCAAGAUCGAUCCGGCGACUAUACCCCUCCCUCCCCAAUCACCACCAAUGUCCGCUGUAUCGUACUCCUCACGAUCCUCUGCAUCUCGUUCGUCCGCAUCCUACGACUCUCGCAGCUCGGAUGGCAGUAAUAACACUGCCCCAAGACCGCAUUCACACGUAAACGGGGAUGCACAAGUCAAGACUGCAGAAUAUGCACCGAUGCCGAGAGCAAGUAUGGACAAUUUGGCAGACAUAACGGCGAGGAACCCGGGUUCUCCGAAUCUUCCCAGUGACACUUGUUCCGAUGGCAGUAAUAGCUCUGGACCCCAUGAUCUCGAGGACGAUCUAGACGAUCCAGACCGCAAGAGGAAAGACGAAGCGAAGUCUAAUCGCAAGAUUGCGGACCUGGAGAUUUCUAAUCAUUCCUUGCUUGCCAUCAACUCCUCCCUUGAAGCUGCGAAACAUCGACAGGCCAAGGAGAUCCGCGAUCUUAAGCGGAAGCUGCGCGAAUCGCUGCUCAUACUCCCGCCUCCCGUAUAUCAGGCGGCGAAGUCGACCUUGCCGCAACAUAUCACAGCGGAGGAGGAGGAGGAUGGCGAGGAUGAUGAGGAAGAUCAAGCGAUCAUCGAUGGAAAGGACGAUGAGCCAUAUCGGCGUGUGAAGUUGAUGGUUGAGAGUCUCGUCGAGUCUUGCCAGCGAGCGCUAUCUUCUAAGCCCAGCGACUUUGUUGAGAGCGGUAAGAGUGGAACGAAGGUGCUCACUGCUGAGGAAGUGCGAUCGUGGCGAGGUGACAUGAGCGUCGAUGAGCCAGACGUAGAGGUGCGUUCGACACUAGACGCUGAUUUGGAUGACGAUUCGUCCCUACGGGGAGCAGAGGAGAGCAUAGAUGAUCAGCCGCGGACGUUAGAUGGCGCUGAUCUGCAUAGUAAUGGUGAAGUUGGAGCGUCGUCGUUCGAAGCAGAGGCAGCUGGCUCCUCUGUAUCGUUACCUCCAAUCACGGUUACGCCCUCAUUAUAGGUCAAGUGGUCCUGCUGACUAUAAUCCGGCUCUAUGCUGUCACUGCACUGUAUACACCUUCUGGAUUUAUACCCACGCAUAUUUCUGUCUCGUCACCUCGCAUUAGUACGUGAACGCCUGAAUGACGUAUAAUACUAGUAUCAGCAUGCCUGCAUGUUGCUGUUAAUCCCACCUCAUACUGCUCGUAACAGACUUGUUUAACCGUCAUUGAUACAUGUUCCUGUUGUUAUUUACAGAUGAUGAUACUGAGUCUCAAC